CGGACGGCGCAGGAUCUAAACGUUAGGCGCUUCACGCUCGCUCGCUCGCUCGCUCGGUCGGUCGGUCGAACGAACGGGAACGGAUCUCGCUUUUAAUUCUUCUUCACGGUGGUUUUUUUGAAACACGCAUCCUGUGUAAUAUACAACCUGCACUAGUUGUUACAUACGCACCGCAGCUAAGGCACGACUUCGUACGUCUUAAAUUCACCUAGAUAUUUUGACGGAAUUUGGGUGCUGCACGCGAGUAUAAAAGGAAAAUUUGUUAAAACCGUUCACAUGUGCGUACCCGCCGCGUAUGUACAUUCAUAAUAAUAAAUAUAACAAUAAAAAUAGUAACAACAACAACAACAACCAACAACAACAACAACAAUAAUAACAAUAAUAAUAAUAAUAACAAUAACAACAACAAUAAUAAUAAUAACAACAUCACGAUGCAGCGGAGGAGUGAAAAUUCGUAUCAACAACGGUAAAUCACACCGCUCUUCUCGGUCUGAUCUCCAAUUCACCUCCCUCGCACCCCCGACAACGCACCCGCCCAUCCAUCCUUAACCCCUCCCCCCCCCCGCCGCGAAACCGCACGACCUUUACGUAGGCAAUUGUAUGCAGUAGCGCGGUUUUCACGGUUACGGUUGAAAUUCGCGCGUGACCGAUGCAUAUGCGAUGUUGCUGAAAACUACGUGCUCCUCGACACCUGCGUGAACGCAUGUAAGGAUAUAGAGAGUUGCGGAGGAUAAGGGGGAAAAGUGUUGAGGUUCUUUGUUGUUGUAAUUAUUGUUGUUAUUGUUGUCGAUGUCGUCGUGGCCGCGGUUACAAGUGGUAAUAAAAACUACCCACGAAUUACUCGGGGUUAUUAAUCGCACCGCGGCGGACGAGUGAAUCAUUUAGGCCGGAUGAAUCGUCGUCGUCGUAUUUAUUGUUGUUGUAAUUAUCAUUAUAGCUGCAGCAGUAUUAUGAAGGAUAUACGCCGAUCUACAUCGUCAUCUUCCUGCCUGAUAAUAACAAGUGAUCCGGACGAGGUUGCAGUGAUUAUAUAUUUGUGUGAAUGAGUGCGGUGCGCGCUGCAGGCCGAAAGGAUCCGCGAUUAUAUUCGAUAUCACAAGGCUGCAAGUAAUCCAAGUGACAGUGCGAACACCUACGAGGAUACAUCCGUCGUUCUUCCUCGAUCUUCGUCUCGUUCUCCUGUCAAAUAAUAAUCCGCGUUCCGCGUGUGCUUGUGAAAUACUAUAAGUUCGACGUACCAACGUGAUUUCGGUUCGCGUUCACGUAAAUAUCCCCGAUUUACGCCGAUUUGACAACACGCAUCCGAGUGCCGAGGAAAAACGAAGCAAGCCAACGUCGCCGACGAUCGGUUUAUCGGGAUCGACGCGUUGAUCCGCGUGGCUUUAACGAACAAGAGAAUCGGAUCCGCCCGAGAGGCCGAUCUACGAUGCUUCGGGACUGACGAUCCGUGAAACCGGACAGAGAAGCGACGCCAACGAUCCGCACCGAGUGAUCGGCGUUAAAGAAAGAGGGGGGGGAAGAUAUUUUUUUUUUUUAUCGUAAAGAGAAGGCGAAAGAGAUGAGAAGGCACGAGAUCGUCGUCGUAUCCUCGCAGCCUGUGGGGUGCUGACGUCUCCUCGUCCCUGGUUGUCGUCGUCCUUGUGGUGUACCUGCCGUAUAAUUUUAAGAAGAGGGCGACGAUAACGAGCCGAGGAUCCUGGUCGCCUCGCGAAAUCGAGGAUCAACGAUUGCGAACCACUUGUAAUCGGCGAAGCUGUUGUUUACUUUUCUUAUCCUACGACGUGCCCUCAAACCGGAAGCUGGCUGGCCGGCCGUUAUCAUCCGGUUCGACUAUCGCCGCCGCCGAAGGGCAGAGUAACAAAGUGUGAAAAGUGUCGUGUGAAGCUAGUCGCGAGUGAGGGAAACACAGCCGCUACGGUGGCUCAGCACGCAGAGUUCCCCGGCGCUGCCAGGGCGUUCAUGGCUCAGCCAAGGUACGACGACGGCGGGCUGCACGGUGGAUACCUGGAAGGCGGCGGGGGCGGGGGCGGCGGGCUCUACGACCCCCACGGUAGCGCCCGGGGGGUUCCGGGCCUUCACCACAGUCCGCACCUCGGGGGAAUGGGACCCGCACACCCCCAAUACCCACCGCCACCGCCCCAACCCCCGCAGCACGUCUUGGCGGCGGCGGCAGCCGCCGCGGUCUCGGCUGUACCCGACGUCCAUAAACGCGACAAGGACGCCAUUUACGGACACCCGCUGUUCCCGCUCCUGGCAUUAAUAUUUGAAAAAUGUGAACUCGCGACGUGCACGCCGCGAGAACCUGGCGUUGCUGGUGGCGACGUUUGUUCCUCGGAGAGUUUCAACGAGGACAUUGCCGUAUUCUCCAAACAGAUCAGACAAGAAAAACCUUACUACAUAGCAGAUCCGGAGGUCGACUCGUUGAUGGUUCAGGCGAUCCAAGUCCUCCGGUUUCACCUCCUCGAGCUUGAAAAGGUCCACGAGCUCUGCGACAACUUCUGUCACCGGUACAUCAGCUGCCUGAAGGGCAAGAUGCCGAUAGACCUCGUAAUCGACGAGCGGGACAGCACGAAACCCCCCGAGAUGGGCAACGGCCUCGACGGGGGUCCGAGGAGCACCGCCGACAGCACCAGCCAUACGGACGGCGCGAGCACACCGGACGUAAGGCCACCCUCCUCGUCGCUAUCGUACCCCGGACCGGGCGGCAAUGACGACGCACGCAGCCCCGGAAGUGGCGGCACUCCCGGACCCCUCAGCCAGCAGGCGCCCACAAGCCUGGACUCCUCUGACCCCGACGCCAUGGGCAAAUGGUGUCCGCGCAGAGAAUGGAGUUCGCCACCCGACGCCCAACGAGCUGCGAGCGACGCGGCGCGUCGCGGCGUUCUUUACUCCUCCGUCUUUCUCGGCAGUCCCGGUGACGCGAGUAAUGCGAGUAUCGGGAGCGGGGAAGGCACGGGCGAAGAGGACGACGACUCGUCGGGCAAGAAGAACCAAAAGAAGAGAGGGAUCUUCCCCAAGGUGGCGACCAACAUCCUGAGGGCGUGGCUCUUCCAACACCUAACGCAUCCCUACCCUUCGGAAGACCAGAAAAAGCAGCUCGCACAGGACACGGGGCUGACGAUCCUUCAAGUCAACAAUUGGUUUAUCAAUGCGAGACGUAGAAUCGUUCAACCCAUGAUCGACCAGAGCAACAGAGCCGGGCCGAGCGGGGCGUACAGUCCGGAAGCGACGAUGGGCUACAUGAUGGACGGACAGGCGGCCAGCAUGAUGCAUCGACCGCCGGGAGACCCCACCUUCCACAACCAGUACCACUACCCUUCGGAAUACUACGGCCACCCCUUAUAAAGCUAAAGGCGUUCGAACCGAGUUCAGGCGAGAAACAAGUUUUACGUCUGACGCCGUAUCGUGCGUGAAUGUAUCUGCGGAUCACGGAUAAAAAAAAAAAAAAAAAAAAAGAAAAAAAAAACGAAACCACGGGAUGUUUUUCGCAGACGUCGUCGAUACGGA